AGCACGGAUGCGACAGUAGAACUAUCGUCAAGUAAAGAAAAUGAUAGCAAGAAGAGUACAACGAAUUGCUGUGUGAUAAGUUUCGCCACGUCGGCUUUAAGGAGUGAAUUCAUUCGUGAGUUUCAUGGUCGGCACUGGAUGAAUAAUGAAGGGAUGGAAAUCCCUCCUCGGUGUUUUGUCACCGCUAUAAAACUUGCGAAUGCUUCCGGGGGAACGUCUGAUUCUUUAACGAGCGCCGACCUACGUCAAUUGAUCGAGCUUCGUCCGCCAGCAGUAAUGCCUCAAGGCAACGUUGGAACUCCAACGAAAUAUUUCAUGGAGCAGAUUCGGUUGUGUCGCCUACCAGUUUCUCUCAUCCCCAAGUUGGGUUUGAAAACAACACGAAGAAAAAGGAAAUAUGAUUCAGUGGAGUUUCAUUACUCCUCAAACGAGGACGAAUACGACGAAAACAACUCUGAAACAGGUGUGUUUCCUUUUUUUCUAGAUUUUUGA